AUGAAGUCGCCGCCGCCGCAGCAGACCGCCGGCCCGCCUGGGUACGACCGCCUGCAAAAGCAGGUCAAGCUCCAGCUGGAGAUGCACCGCGUGGGGAUCCAACGGGACGAGAUGACCGAGAGUCGGCUCGCGGCCGUCGAGAGUCGGCUCGCGGCCAUCGAGCACAACCGAGAGUGCCUCCAGGGCCGCGUCGAGGCCCUCGAGGUCCAGGUCUUCAACCAAACCUUCAACAACUACCAGCCUCCGCCAGGGGGCGUGGGGACCCGUCGGGCGCCCGGCUACGGGAUGCGCCGCCUCACCCACCGAGUCGCGGAGCUCGAGCGGGCGGCCAUGACCAUCCCUGUCGGCGUCACCGUGAACGUCGUCAACCCGGGCGGGCCGCUGCGCGACGACUCCGAGACGGAAGACGACAUGGCGUAG